AUUUUGAGUUUGAACAGCUGGCCCUCUGUAAUUUGAAGAAACCCCAACAUGGCAACCAUUCCACCAGCUGAAUAUGAAUCUCCAGUACUGAAAGAAAUAAAUGAGUUAAUGGAAUCCGGUACUGGAGUUAAAGGCCUCUGGAGAACUGAUACUGGAGGAAGUGUCAGAGUCCCUGCAUCUUAUUGUGGAAUUCUCGGGUUUCGGCCUUCACAUGAUGUUGUCCCUACUGCUGGCGUUACUCCUAUGGGACAGAGUUUUGAUACAGUAGGAUGGUUUGCUAGGGAUCCUUUGAUUUUGAGUCGCGUUGGGCACAUACUGCUGCAUUUGCCUAUGGUGGAUCCUAUCAAACCAAUUCAGGUUAUUAUUCCAGAGGAUUGUUUCUCCCUUUCAAGCAUUCCGAGCAAUCAAACAACUGAAGUUCUUAUAAAAUCAGUGAAGAAGCUCUUUGGGGAUCAUAUUGUAAAGCAUGUUAAACUUGGGGACUACGUGAAGGAUAAAGUACCAAGCUUGCAAAAGUUCAUGAAUGUGGGAGAUGGAGAUCCUCUGUAUAAUAUAGCAUCACUGGCUGCCCUAUCAAGUGCAAGGAGCUUGCUCCUGAGGUAUGAAUUCAAGAAUAAUCAUGCUGAAUGGAUCACUACAGUGAAUCCUGAUUUAGGUCCAAGAAUAUCUGAAGAGGUAUGGGAAGCUGUUAGAACAACAGGAGAAAAUAUUGAUACUUGCCACUCUGUAAAGAUCGAGUUUUCAUGUAAAAGAUUUGAUGUGAAUGGAUACGUGACUGGGUUUGGAAACCCUGACUGGGCAAGGACCCAUCCGGCCGCCACUUCAACGGCACCGGCUGUGUUGGCUGUCUUAGGUGGAGGUGCCACUUGCGUUGGCAAAACUGUCAUGGAUGAGAUGGCUUACAGUAUAAAUGGAGAAAAUAAACAUUAUGGGACACCCAGGAAUCCAUGUGCACCAGAUAGGGUACCUGGGGGAUCUUCAAGUGGAUCUGCUGUUGCAGUAGCAGCAAAGCUUGUAGAUUUCUCCCUAGGAACUGAUACUGGAGGAAGUGUCAGAGUCCCUGCAUCUUAUUGUGGAAUUCUUGGGGAUCCUUCAAUUUUGAGUCGUGUUGGGCAUGUCCUGCUGCAUUUGCCUAUGGUGAAUCCUACCAAACCAAUCCAGGUUAUUAUUUCAGAAGAUUGUUUCUCCUUGUCAAGCAUCCCAAGCAAUCGAACAACUGAAGUUCUUAUCAAAUCAGUGAAGAAGCUCUUUGGGGAUCAUAUUGUAAAGCAUGUUAACCUUGGGGACUACGUGAAGGAUAGAGUACCAAGCUUGCAAAAAUUCAUGAAUGUGGGAGAUGUAGAUCCUCUGUAUAAUAUAGCAUCACUGGCUGUGCUUUCAAGUGCAAUGAGGUUGCUCCAAAGGUAUGAAUUCAAGAAUAAUCAUGCUGAAUGGAUCACUAGAGUAAAUCCUGAUUUAGGUCCAGGAAUAUUUGAACGGGUAUGGGAAGCUGUUAGAACAACUGGAGAAAAUAUUGAUACUUGCCACUCUGAUUCUGGCAUCCUUGCCCUUCCCACAAUUCCCGGGGCUCCUCCCAAACUACAAACAGAUCCAACAACACUGGAAGUUUUUCGAGCACGUGCUUUCAGCUUGUUGUCAGUUGCAGGAGUACCUGAUUCUGUCAGGUGAGAAUACCUUUAGGUAUGCACAAUAACCUUCCUGUGUCAAUCUCUUUGUUGGCCAGACGCGGUUCAGAUUCAUCAUUGUUGAAUCUUGUCGAGACUUUGUAUGAUACUCUCAAACAAGAAAGUGAAAUUGCCGAAAAAUGAUUAACUAAACCCAGGCUCUAUCUGAUGUUAUACAGUAGGUUUCAUUUUGCUUUGAGAUAAUUAGAUUAAUGGCAUCUUUCUGAUCCUCUCUACUACUUGAGUUAUUCCUAUUUGCAAUCAUAUAAAUUUAUAAUGCAUAC